AUGGUAUAUUUCUUCGUCCUCCCUCGUCAAACCCAAAACUCUAGAAAAUCUUUAUAGCCACCUAAUUUUGGCCUAUCGGGGAGGAUGGCCAAUUGGAGCUGCAACACCUCUUGUAUCUCCCUCGCUGGCCUCCUGUCUCUCCUCCUCUUGCAGCCCCUCACAACCACCACCUCUUUCACCAAUGGCAUUCGCGUCAACCUCGUUCCUAAGCCUGCAUCCGCCAUCCUCUCCUUUCGGGAGGCACCGGCUUUUCGCAAUGGCAACGAAUGCAGCAGCUCAAGCAAGAAAGAUAACAUCCAUAUAGUCAUGCCCCUUGAUAUAAACUACAUCCGCGGCACGGUUGCCGCCAUUUUGUCAAUUUUACAGCAUUCGACAUGCCCUGAGAACGUUUCCUUCCACUUUCUUUCCCUGCGUCUCGAGCCUGGGAUAUCCUCAUUGAUCAAAUCCACCUUCCCUUACCUCACUUUCAGAGUCUACCACUUCGAUUCCAAUCUUGUUCGCGGAAAAAUCUCCAAGUCCAUCAGACAAGCCUUGGAUCAGCCUCUGAACUAUGCAAGAAUCUAUCUUUCUGAUAUUCUCCCUAGGGAUGUGGAACGUGUGAUUUAUGUCGACUCGGACAUAAUCGUCGUCGACGACAUUGCAAAGCUGUGGGGUGUGGACUUGGGAGACCACGUCCUGGCUGCGCCAGAGUACUGCCAUGCAAAUUUCACGACAUAUUUUACGGACACAUUUUGGUCCGAUGUCAACCUGGCGAGAACUUUUGAAGGAAGAAGACCUUGCUACUUCAACACAGGCGUAAUGGUGGUUGAUGUUGAUAAGUGGAGAAAAGGGGGAUACACACAGAAGGUUGAAGAGUGGAUGGUCAUACAGAAGCAAAGGAAAAUUUAUCAUCUGGGGUCUUUGCCUCCAAUUUUGCUCGUAUUUGCAGGCAAUAUUGAGGCAGUGGAUCACAGAUGGAACCAACAUGGUUUAGGUGGUGAUAACUUUGAAGGCAAGUGUAGAAGUCUUCACCCUGGACCAAUUAGCCUGUUGCAUUGGAGCGGUAAGGGGAAGCCGUGGUUAAGAUUGGACUCCAGGAAGCCAUGCACGGUGGACUACCUAUGGGCUCCAUAUGAUCUCUACCGUUCAUCUAGAAUUGCAUUAGAAGAAUGACAUGCACCAUUGAUGAAAAUAAAUAACCAAGGAAGCCAUGCACCGUCAGUAGUAAGGUGGGAAAAUGUGGAACAAGAUUGACGUAGGAGAAAUUUAUUAAGUUUCUGUGAUAAUUCAUAGAUUUUCUUCCGUCUGAAUGCACAGACCCCGAGCCAACAAAUACGGAGUCAGAGAGAAUCCGUCGGCUUUGCCUCUAGAGGUAGGCAUUAGCAAGUUUGUUCAUGAGUUUACGGUAAGUUGUAAAAAUUUUGUUUUAUUAUACUCUUCUCAUGAAUGUCGUCCAUAGUUUAGUUUGUGAAUUGUAGCGCAACAGAUGUAAAAGCGCUACUAUUUUGUUGAAGCUUCUGCUAUUGGAGGCCAAUUGCAAAAAGCAAACGGCCACGAUAUGAAAGCGUUUGGCGGCCUCGGUCUCUUUGCAACUUCUAUUUAUAUAUAUUUUUUGUACAACUUGCUUUCUACCCA